GGACUCGCAACAUGGUCACAUGACCCGCCCAGCUCCACCCCUGCUGCUAAUCAGGAUCAGCAGCCACGAAUGAGGCUCGCCGACUCCGCUGAGGCCUGUCACUGAUUCGGACCUACUAACAGAACCAGGUGUAGCGGCAGGUGACAGAAGAACCAGAACCAGGGACCAGAUCUUUCGGCAUUUGUGGACAGAACCAGCUCCUGAGUUCACGAGCGUCUCUGUUUGGAUCUUCUCAGGUGAAUGGAUCGAAUCAUCAUAUUUGAACCAAGAAGAAAAGUCUUAUGUAGAGAACCACCUCUGGACCUCUGAUGUGGAGUCUUCCUGCCCCUGAACCAUGGUCAUUCUGCAGCAGGGGGACCAUGUGUGGCUGGACCUCAAGACGGGUCGUGAGUUCGACGUCCCGGUGGGAGCUGUGGUCAAGCUGUGCGAGUCGGGACAGAUCCAGGUUCUGGAUGAUGAAGGAACAGAACACUGGAUCUCUCCUCAGAACGCCACCAACAUCAAGCCCAUGCACCCGACCUCCAUCCACGGCGUGGAGGACAUGAUCCGCCUCGGAGACCUGAAUGAAGCUGGGAUCCUGAGGAACCUGCUGAUCCGCUACAAUGAGUGUGUCAUCUAUACCUACACCGGCUCCAUCCUGGUGGCAGUGAACCCGUACCAGCUGUUGCCCAUCUACACGGCCGAACAGAUACGUCUCUACACCAACAAGAAAAUCGGGGAGAUGCCGCCGCACAUCUUCGCCAUCGCCGACAACUGCUACUUCAACAUGCAGCGCAACAACAAGGACCAGUGCUGCAUCAUCAGUGGGGAGUCCGGUGCCGGGAAGACGGAGAGCACCAAGUUGAUCCUACAGUUCUUGGCGGCCAUCAGUGGUCAGCACUCGUGGAUCGAGCAGCAGGUCCUGGAGGCCACGCCCAUUCUGGAGGCGUUCGGGAACGCCAAGACCAUCAGGAACGACAACUCCAGUCGCUUCGGCAAGUACAUCGACAUCCACUUCAACAAGCGCGGCGCCAUCGAGGGCGCCAAGAUCGAGCAGUACCUGCUGGAGAAGUCGCGCGUCUGCCGGCAGGCCCCGGACGAGAGGAACUACCACAUCUUCUACUGCAUGCUGCAGGGAAUGGCCCCUGAGAUGAAGUCCAAACUGGGCCUGGGUCUGGCCCAAGACUAUGCCUACCUGACCAUGGGGAGCUGCACGGAGUGCGACGGCCGUGACGACCUGCUCGACUACUCCAGCAUCCUGUCGGCCAUGAAGGUCCUGAUGUUCACCGAGACAGAGAACUGGGAGAUCUCCAAGCUGCUGGCCGCCAUCCUGCACAUGGGCAACCUGCGCUACGAGGCUCGAACGUAUGACAAUUUGGACGCGUGUGUGGUGGUGAGGUCACCUGACUUGCUGACAGCUGCAACACUCAUGGAGGUGGAGUCCAAAGACGUGUGCGGGUGUCUGACCACGAGGACUCUCAUCACCAGAGGGGAGAGUGUGGUGACCCCCCUCAGUGUGGAACAAGGUCUGGACGUCAGAGACGCCUUUGUCAAGGGGAUCUACGGGCGGCUUUUCGUCUGGAUCGUGGACAAGAUCAACGCUGCCAUCUUUCGCCCGCCGAGCUGCGAGAGCAACACUGUGCGCCGGUCCAUUGGUCUGCUGGACAUCUUCGGCUUUGAGAACUUCAUCGUGAACAGCUUCGAGCAGCUCUGCAUCAACUUUGCCAACGAGCACCUGCAGCAGUUCUUCGUGCGUCACGUCUUCAAGCUGGAGCAGGAAGAGUACAACCUGGAGGACAUCAGCUGGCAGCACAUCGAGUUCACCGACAACCAGGAUGCUCUGGACAUGAUCGCCAACAAGCCCAUGAACAUCAUCUCACUCAUCGACGAGGAGAGCAAGUUCCCGAAGGGCACCGACGCCACCAUGCUCUACAAGCUCAACUCACAGCACAAGCUCAACUCCAACUACAUCCCUCCCAAAAACAGCUACCAGACACAGUUUGGGAUCCAGCACUUUGCCGGUGUGGUCCACUACGAGACCAGAGGCUUCCUGGAGAAGAACCGUGACAGUCUUCACACUGACAUCAUCCAGCUGGUCCACUCGUCCAAGAACAAGUUCAUCAAGCAGAUCUUCCAGGCUGAUGUGGCCAUGUUUCUGUGCGGCUACCAGCAGCCCAGCACUCCAGCACCCAAGGGAGUAGAGACGAGGAAGCGCUCUCCAACUCUCAGCAGUCAGUUCAAACGCUCUCUGGAGAUGUUGAUGAGGACCCUGAGUGUGUGUCAGCCCUUCUUCGUGCGCUGCAUCAAACCCAACGAGUUCAAGAGACCCAUGUUGUUCGACAGAGAACUGUGCGUCCGGCAGCUGCGGUAUUCCGGCAUGAUGGAAACUAUUAGGAUCAGACGCGCCGGCUACCCCAUCCGCUACACCUUUGCCGAGUUCGUGGAGCGGUACCGGGUCUUGUUGCCGGGAGUCAAACCUGCGCAUGUUCAGGACGACCUGCGGGGGACGUGUGAGCAGAUCGUCCGCGCCAGACUGGGUCAACACGACGACUGGCAGAUCGGAAAGACAAAGAUUUUCCUGAAGGACCAUCACGACAUGCGGCUGGAGAUUGAGAGAGACAAGUCCAUCACUGACAAGGUCAUUCUCAUCCAAAAGGCCGUCCGGGGCCACAAAGAGAGAACCCACUUCCUGAGACUCCGCAGCUCUGUCACCUUUAUCCAGAAGCUGUGGCGAGGCUACCUCUGCAGGAGGAACUACCAGACGAUGAUCGCUGGCUUUCUGCGCCUGCAGGCCGUAUACAGGUCCAGGAAGUAUUACCGGAGCUACCGGAGCACUCGCCUGCGCGUGACUCUGAUCCAGGCCCGGUGCCGAGGUUUUCUGGUGAGGCAGACGUUCUGGAAGCGUCUGCACGCUGUGUUGACCCUGCAAGCGUUCACCAGAGGGAUGAUCGCGCGGCGCCUCUGCCAGCGUCUGCGCUCCGAGCUGGAGCGUCGGCGGGAGGCAGAGAACCAGCGUCUGGCUGAGGAGGAGCGACUGCGGAACCAGAUGACAGCCCGGCGGGCCAAAGCCGAGGCUGACAGGAAGCACCAGGAGCGCCUGGUGUUACUGGCCCAGCAGAAGGAGGAGAGAGAGCGCGAGGAGAGGGAGGAGGCACGCAGGAAGAAAGAGCUGCUGGAGCAGAUGGAGCGUGAGAAGGAGCAGCCGGUGGACCACUCAGACAUGGUGGACCGCAUGUUUGGGUUCCUCGGGAACUCUGGGCCGCUCCCCAACCAGGACGGGCGAGGGCCUUCUGGAUUUGAGGACCUGGAGAAUGUGUCCCAGGCAGACGGGGAGGAGGAGGAGGAGGCGAGCGAGGCGCCGCCGCUGCCUGACGAUGAAGACGAGGAUUUGUCAGACUACAAGUUCUCCAAGUUUGCGGCCGCGUACUUCCAGGGGGUUUCCACCCACACUUACAUCCGAAGAGCUCUCAAGCAACCGCUGCUGUUUCAUGAGGAUGAAGGAGAUCAACUGGCAGCGCUUGCGGUCUGGAUCACCAUCCUGAGGUUCAUGGGCGACCUUCCUGAGCCCAAGUGUGCCUUGCUCAUCAAUGACGGCAGCGAGAAAAUUCCAGUGAUGACCAAAAUCUACGAGACGCUCGGGAAGAGGAGCUACAGAAGGGAGCUGCAGGAGUUGCAGGGGGAGGAGGAGAUCAGCUCCACAGAGACUCAGAAGAGGAACAGUGUCCGACACAAGCUGGUGUCUCUGACCCUGAAGAGGAAGUCAAAGAUCACAGAGGAGGUGACUCGGCGACUGACGGAGGGCGACUACAGUCUGCAGGGGAACAGCAUGCUGGAGGACCGACCCACCUCCAACCUGGAAAAGCUGCACUUCAUCAUCGGGAACGGCAUCUUGAGGCCCGCACUCAGGGACGAGGUCUACUGUCAGAUCUGCAAGCAGCUGACCCAAAACCCCUCGAAGAGCAGCCACGCCCGUGGAUGGAUCCUGCUGUCGUUGUGUGUAGGCUGCUUCGCCCCCUCCGAGAAGUUUGUCAAAUACCUGCGGACAUUCCUGAUCAACGGGCCACCAGGCUACGCUCCCUACUGCGAGGAGCGGCUCCGACGCACCUUUGUCAACCGAACCAGGACACAGCCGCCGUCCUGGCUGGAACUGCAGGCCACAAAGUCCAAAAAGCCCAUCAUGCUGCCAGUGACCUUCAUGGAUGGGACCACCAAGACUCUCCUGGCUGACUCGGCAACAACAUCUAGUGAACUUUGCAAUGCUCUGGCCGACAAGAUCAACCUGCGUGACCGCUUUGGUUUCUCACUCUACAUUGCCCUGUUCGACAAGGUGUCAUCUCUGGGCAGCGGCAGCGACCAUGUGAUGGACGCUGUGUCGCAGUGCGAGCAGUAUGCCAAAGAGCAGGGAGCACAGGAGCGCAACGCCCCCUGGAGGUUGUUCUUCAGGAAGGAGAUCUUCACUCCCUGGCACAACCCUGCCGACGACCAUGUGGCAACCAAUCUUAUCUACCAGCAGAUUGUCAGGGGGGUCAAGUUCGGGGAGUACCGCUGUGAGAGGGAGGAGGACCUGGCAGAACUGGCAUCACAGCAAUACUACGUGGACUACGGUUCUGAGAUCCUGCAGGACCGAUUGCUCAGUCUGAUCUCGUCCUAUAUCCCUGACCGGGAGAUCAACUCCACCAAGACCCCAGAGAAGUGGGCCCAGCUCAUCACCAGCACCAACAAGAAGGCAGUCCACUUGAAGAGGAGGGCCACUGUGCAGAAGGUGAAGGAGGACGUGGUGGCCUUCGCUCGGCUCAAGUGGCCUCUGCUCUUCUCGCGCUUCUACGAGGCCUUCAAGUUCUCCGGUCCGAGUCUUCCCAAGAAUGACGUGAUCGUGGCAGUGAAUUGGACCGGCGUGUACUUUGUGGACGAGCAGGAGCAGGUUCUGCUGGAGCUCUCCUUCCCUGAGAUCGUCGCUGUGUCCAGCAGCAGAGGAGGAAAGCUUCAGGGCCAGAGUUUCACACUGGCGACCAUCAAAGGAGAUGAGUACACUUUCACGUCCAACAACGCUGAGGACAUCCGAGACCUGGUGGUCUCCUUCCUUGAAGGUCUUAGGAAGAGGUCCAAAUAUGUUGUGGGUCUGCUGGACUGCCCGAAUCCUGUCGGAGCUGCGUCCAACUUCCUGAGCUUCUCCAAGGGUGACCUGAUCAUCCUGGACGAGCACAACGGCGAGCACGUCCUGACCUCUGGCUGGGCCCAUGGGGUCAAUGACCGGACCAAGCAGCGAGGAGACUUCCCCGCGGACUGCGUCUAUGUUCUGCCCUCGGUCAGCAGACCACCCUACGACAUUGUGGCAUUGGUGACCAUGACCCCAGACCAAAGGAGGGAGUCCAUCAGUCAGUCUCAAAUGAACCUCUGUGAGAAGGAAGACCGGGGCAAGGCCUACACCCUGGAAGAGUUCUCAUACGACCACUUCAGACCUCCUCCCAAGAGCACCCUGAGCCGGGUCAUGAUCUCCAAAGCCCGUGGAAAGGAACAUCUGUGGAGCUGCAGCAGAGAACCGCUCAAGCAACCGCUGCUAAAGAAGGUUCUGGCCCACGAGGAGCUGGCCCAGGAGGCCUGUGUGGCUUUCAUGGCAGUUAUGAAGUACAUGGGAGACUACCCAUCCAAGAGAGCCCGCUCAGUCAAUGAGCUGACAGACCAGAUCUUUGAGGGCGCGCUGAAGGCUGAACCCUUGAAGGACGAGAUCUACUGUCAGAUCCUCAAACAGCUGACGGACAACCAUAUCAAGUCCAGUGAGGAGAAGGGCUGGGAGCUGCUGUGGCUCUGCUCGGGUCUCUUCCCUCCCAGUAAUGUGCUGCUGCCUCACGUGCAGAAGUUCCUGCAGGUCAAGAAGCUGUUCCCUCUCGCCGCUGACUGCAUGCAACGACUGCAGAAGAGCCUCAGGAACGGCUCCAGGAAGUACCCCCCUCACCUGGUGGAGGUGGAGGCCAUCCAGCACAAGACCACACAGAUCUUCCACAAAGUCUAUUUCCCGGAUGAUUCAGAUGAGGUCUUCGAGGUGGAAUCCAGCACCAAAGCCAAAGAUUUCUGUCACAACAUCUCUGGUCGCUUGCUGCUCAAGUCAUCUGAGGGCUUCAGUCUCUUCGUCAAGAUCACAGACAAGGUCAUUAGUGUUCCGGAUGGGGACUUCUUCUUUGACUUUGUGCGUCACCUGACUGACUGGAUCAAGAAAGCUCGGCAGGUCAAAGAGGGUGUGCUGCCCUCGCUGACCUACCAGGUGUUCUUCAUGAAAAAACUCUGGACCAACACAGCACCUGGGAAGGACUCAAUGGCAGACUCCAUCUUCCACUAUUAUCAGGAACUCCCCAAAUAUCUGCGUGGCUACCACAAGUGCAGCAGGGAGGAGGUCUACCAGCUAGGGGCACUCAUCUACCGCGUGAAGUUCGAGGAGGACAAGUCCCACUUUCAGAACAUCCCCAAGAUCCUGAAGGACCUGGUACCUCAGGAUCAGAUGCGACACCUGGCGCCCGAUGACUGGAAGAGGUCCAUCAUGUCCCUGUACAACAAGCACGCCGGGAAGAACCGCGAAGACGCCAAACUCUCCUUCCUGAAGAUCAUCUACAAGUGGCCCACGUUUGGAUCUGCCUUCUUUGAGGUUAAGCAAACCACAGACCCAAACUACCCAGAGACUCUGCUGAUCGCCAUCAACAAGCACGGCGUGAGCCUGAUCGAGCCCAAGACGAAGGAGAUCCUUACCACACACCCCUUCACCAAGAUAUCCAACUGGAGCAGCGGGAACUCAUACUUCCACAUCACCAUCGGGAACCUGGUCCGAGGAUCCAAGCUGCUGUGCGAGACCUCACUGGGCUACAAGAUGGACGACUUGCUGACAUCCUACAUCAGCCAGAUGUUGACCACGAUGACCAAACAGCGAGCGUCGCGCGGCAACAGCAAGUGAUGAGCGGCCACCCUGAACUCACCUGGUGCCUUCACUGAGCUGUCUACUGUUGCUGUAACUCGACACUUGAAAAACUUGUUCAUGAGCACUCAAGAGGGCGCUCAAGUGGACAUCUCUGGACUCUAGAGGGCAGUCUUGCGGAGAUUUCCGCUGCUGCCUUUCUCAGAUCAACUCGACGUUGAUGACUUUGUGAUUUAGUUUCUGUUGAAAUGUUAGUUAACAAACACAAGCGUUGAAUCUUUCACGGCUUGUUGACUCACAUGUCACGAGGCAGUCAAAACCACCACAAGUGGGAACAUACAGAUUAACUUCCUGUCUCUAUGCAAACAUCUCAAUUCAGCGCCCCCUGGUGGUGGCUGUCAGCCAUGGUGUUGCCUAUGAACAAAGUUUCAAAUUGUCGUUUUAAUGGAUGAAAACCAAUUCUUGUUGAAAGCAUUGAACACCUUCAAGCCUCCCAGUGACCCCACCA